AUACCCUUUAAAACUAAACGUGAUUCGAUUAGGUGACUAUACAGCUGAUAUUUUAUCAACUUGAUUGCUCGCAUGGAUAAUCCAAUCUUCCAAGCGAGCCCGAAAAAGAUGAACAGUUGAGGUCAUCAAAUUCGGCGCAUAGGGGGACCAAUCUUCCUUGUUUGUAUAUGCUUCCCACACGAUUUUGUUCUAACCUGUAUAGUAUUUAAGAAGGCAACUGAAUCUAUUCCUUAACAGCAAAUAGCCUUGCUGAAGACAGAAUAUAUUCCUCCUUUUGUUGUGUUGCGAUGAGAAUAAACCUGGGUCCAAAGAAUUGAGCUUCUGUCUCUUCUCUUAUCAGCUUCAUGUCAACUCCAACGAGUAGUUUGUCGUGGGAUGGGAAACAAAUGGAAACAGAAUCUGGAUUCGAGAAGAUUCAACUGCUCGAUUCGAGUGAGGAUGCCUAUGGAGGAGUCAUGGUGGACUUGAAGGAGUCCAUGGAUUCUAAGGCCUUUGCUUCUCUGCUUAGAGCCUCAAUAGCAUUGUGGAUCCAGCAGGGAAAGAAGGGCAUUUGGAUUAAACUGGCAAUAGAAAGUGUAAAUCUUGUUGAAGCUGCAGUUAAGCAAGGGUUUAGGUAUCAUCAUGCAGAACCAUCAUACUUGAUGCUUGUGAAAUGGAUUGCUGAAACUGCUGAUACUCUCCCUGCAAAUGCGUCCCAUCGAGUUGGUAUUGGUGCUUUUGUGAUGAAUGACAUGGGGGAGGUUCUGGUAGUCCAGGAAAAUGGUGGCAAAUUCAAAGGCACAGGUGUGUGGAAAUUUCCUACUGGUGUCGUCGAUGAGGGUGAAGACAUCAGUAUUGCUGCUAUCAGAGAAGUGAAGGAAGAGGCAGGAGUCGAGACCGAAUUUGUGGAAGUUCUUGCAUUCAGGCAAAGCCACAAAUCAUUCUUUGGGAAGUCAGAUCUGUUCUUUGUUUGCAUGCUAAGAGCUCUAUCUUUCGAUAUCCAGAAACAAGACUCGGAGAUUGCUGAAGCAAAAUGGAUGCCCUUUGACGAAUAUGCAGCCCAACCAUUUGUCCAGAAAAAAGAGAUAUUCAAAAGCAUUGCCGACAUAUGCUUGGAGAAGAAAAAUAACAACUACUCCGGCUUCUCUGCCGUGCCUACAACCACAGGCUUUUCAAGUAAAAGGAGCUUUUUGUACAUCCACAAGGAUCUGUAGUAGUGGACGAGUGGCAAACCUUGUGCUAUAGCACUAGAAUAAUUGCAAGAACAACUCUUUCGGUGGAAGCUUCCGUGGUUACCUCUUAGCCCGGGAACCCCUUUAACCACUUUUGUCUACACAAAGAAGUGCCAGCCCAAAACCUUUCAUUUUCUUUUUUGUCAAGAUUUUGUAUCACAGCAGUUUGAAGAUGAAUGUUGACAGCCAUAUAACUGAGUAAAAUGACGAUGUUAUAAUGGAUGGUCCCCAGGAUUAGUUGAGGUGCGCGUAAACUUGCUCAGACACAUGAGUUAUCAGAAAAACAGGAAAUAAUAAAAGCUGCUGAUUUCAUGAUC